UUACAUUAUCAAAAUGAUAACAAAUAUUUUGCUUUUGUGAACAGUUUGUUGAUUUCUGAUUAUACACUGGUAAAUAAGUGCUCAUACAGAAAAUAAUGGAAACUCAACAGAAAAAUCUGAUAAGUCUUACCUUUAUCCUCUCUCUAGUUGCGAUUGUUUUAAUUGUUGUAUCUCUUUCUACCGAUCACUGGGUGGAGUCGAAACCAAAGCUGAUCAACGAUGCAAACAAUACAAGGGGAAAGAGUGAAGCCCAUUUCGGUCUUUUCAAGGGAUUUAGAAUUAAAGAUGUUGGGUUUGGACCGAGGCCGGCAGAUUUGAAGGUUGUGUGUUCUGGUGGUCAAGGUGUGUGUGUGGUGUGGCCAGAAGAUGGAGCAAAGACCGCCUACAUCUACAUCGAUGUCAGUCUAGUUAACAAGACAGAUGAUCAAACCCUGUAUGAGCUGGGUCUGUUUAACUUCGGCUACUACCUGACCAUCAUCAUCUGUGCUGCCCUGGCCCUCGUGUUUGGUAUGAUUUCCAUGGGGUUUGCCAUCUUCAACAUCUGUGGGAAACCCAUUGAGACUAUAACAGGCCCUUGUGGUCUCUAUGUCUGGAACGGCUUUGCAUUCCUGUUUUCUGUGCUCGAAAUGGCUAUGUUCCUAGCCCUGUUCUUCACGACACUGAAAGAAAACUUCUUCCUUUCAGAUGAAUAUGAAAAAUUCAAUUUUGACGAUCACACAAACUUAGGCUAUUCCUUUUUUCUCCUACCCGUGGCAGUUGCCUUAUUUUUCGCCAAUGUUGUUUGCCUAUUUUUCUCAGGUUUCAAAUUCAGAUGUUCAUUUUCCGAUGAAGCGGAAAAAGUGGUUGAUAACGGCAUGAUUUUAUACUGAAAUGGCCACUUUUUGCAAAGUUUUGUUUUAUAUUAUUAAAUUAAAGUUCCAUCUUCAUAAUGAGUAAUGUUCAGCGAAUGAAAUAAAAUUAUAUUACUCUUAUCCUCCUUAAUAUUAUAACAUAUAAUUUUAUUAGAAGUUUAUCCAUUUAAGAAAAGCUAUGGUAUUGUGACAGCCUUUAGGUCAGCAUUGUUCUGCAAAACCUUUGGCCAUAACUCAAAACUGAUAUCAAGAUAUUCAAAUGAAACUUGGCAUGGGCCAUAACUCUGGCUAUAAUAAUGUCGAGUUAUGCCCAUAUUAAAAAUAGACCAACAUUGAUGUACGCUCUGUGUCGCUCUUGUUUGUAGAGUGUAUACUUCAUAACAGUAUGUGUACACUUGUAUUAUCUCACAUUAGUGAUGACUAUUAUGAAGAUGGGUCCAACAUGUUUUCCCCAGUGUAUUUAUUUUCCUUAAAAAAGAGUUGUGCAGUAAAACUAUAUUUCAAAGAAGGAUAAGCUUAAUUUUUUAUUUCAAAAUCUUAGAUGACACCAUAUGAUGUUCCUCUUGAAAGACUUCUUGUAAAAUUAUCAGAUAUAGGUAGAAAUAUUAAGCUUAUAUAAAGUUCUUAAUACUACGCAUAGGAUAUUGCUUUUUGUUAACAAUUUUGCUGUAUGCUUGCUGAUUGUGAUGACUACAUUGUAGUACAAAAAUGUAUGCUUUCUGAUUGUGAUUACUACAUUGUGGUACAAAAAUGAAUGCUUGCUGAUUGUGAUUACUACAUUGUGGUACAAAAAUGUAUGCUUGCUGAUUGUGAGGACUACAUUGUAGUUACAUAUGCUUGCUGAUUGUGAUGACUACAUUGUAGUUACAUAUGCUUGCUGAUUGUGAUGACUACAUUGUAGUUACAUAUGCUUGCUGAUUGUGAUGACUACAUUGUAGUAUGCUUUCUGAUUGUGAUGACUACAUUGUAGAAUGCUUGCUGAUUGUGAUGACUACAUUGUGGUACAAAAAUGUAUGCUUGCUGAUUGUGAUGACUACAUUGUAGUAUGCUUGCUGAUUGUGAUGACUACAUUGUAGUAUGCUUUCUGAUUGUGAUGACUACAUUGUAGAAUGCUUUCUGAUUGUGAUGACUACAUUGUAGUAUGCUUGCUGAUUGUGAUGACUACAUUGUAGUAUGCUUGCUGAUUGUGAUGACUACAUUGUAGUAUGCUUUCUGAUUGUGAUGACUACAUUGUAGAAUGCUUGCUGAUUGUGAUGACUACAUUGUAGUAUGCUUGCUGAUUGUGAUGACUACAGUGUAGUAUGCUUUCUGAUAGUGAUUACUACAUUGUAGUACAAAAAUAUAUGCUUGCUGGUUGUGAUGACUACAUUGUAGUUACGUAUGCUUGCUGAUUGUGAUGACUACAUUGUAGUAUGCUUUCUGAUUGUGAUGACUACAUUGUAGUAUGCUUUCUGAUUGUGAUUACUACAUUGUAAUACAAAAAAUGUAUGCUUGCUGGUUUUGAUGACUACACUGUAGUUACGUAUGCUUGCUGAUUGUGAUGAUUACAUUGUAGUAUGCUUGCUGGUUGUGAUGACUACAUUGUAGUUACAUAUGCUUGCUGAUUGUGAUGACUACAUUGUAGUAUGCUUGCUGGUUGUGAUGACUACAUUGUAGUUACGUAUGCUUGCUGAUUGUGAUGACUACAUUGUAGUAUGCUUGCUGGUUGUGGUGACUACAUUGUAGUUACGUAUGCUUGCUGAUUGUGAUGACUACAUUGUAGUACAAAAAUGUAUGCUUUCUGAUUGUGUUUACUACUUUGUAGUAUGCAUGCUACAUUGAAGUAUGUACAUAGUAUUUUCAAGCUACUCUACAGGUUGUAUGUGUGCUACAUUUUCUUUUGUUAUGACUUGCCAUUGAAUGAUUUUGUUAAAGUCAUUUAUUUAAAUCAUGUUGUUGUUAUAGGUUUUUUUGGAUGCUUUUAUUUGCUUUUUAAAAGCAAACAUUAGGAAUGGUUUUAGAUAUUCAUAUCAUAGAAAGACAAAAUAACAUAACAAUCUUUGAUAAUAAAGUCAAAUAUGCAUUAAUGUCUCUUUAUCUUGCCAGUUGCAUUUGUAUUUAAGUCAUAAAUUAUCUUACUUUAAAUUCCAUGGUGCUUAUUGAUAUACUUCAACCUCUAGUCGGCAGUUUUUAAAGGCUUUGUUAAACUGUCUUUGUACGAGCAUUGUCUACAUUCCAAAGUGAUUCCUUCAUUCCAUUUUAUGAAAUCAGUUAAUUUAUUCUUUUUAAUGUUGAAUAUUGUUCAUGAUAUUUGUUUGUUUCUUGCUUUUAGAAUAUUUUAGUUCUAUAACCAGUUUAUUUAAUUUCUAUUUUAUCAUUCUAGUGUUUUAACUUGUAUUUUCAAUUUAUGCUAGUCCAGUACAUUUAUUGGUAGAGGGUUGAUCCAGAAUUAUGUCAACAUUUUUCACCAAAGAAUUACUUAAAGGAAUAUUUACAUAACUAUCUCCUCACUAAAACUUUAAAUUUUGUCUUUUGAGCGAGUGACGUUUCAGUUCAGUACAUUGCCCUUAUUAAAUGAAAUUACAUUACAAAGUAAAGUGGCCAAUGCUUUUCUACAUUAAAGAAAUCCAGGAUGAAAUCCAGUUGUAUUGUUCGGGGAACAAAAUCAUAACACCGCCCCCACACCACCAUUUUUUUUAAGGGGGACUAAUAUCUCUAUAUGGUAUUUGACUAUUCAUGCUGCAUUUCGAAAUUUAUUUACCAUUCGUUUAAAUGUUUAUAGAAUAAGUUGUAUAAUAUAUCAUUUUUACAUACUAGUAUUUCAGAUCAUUUCAACUCACAAACAACAUGAUACCAUAUAUUCAUUGCUCUUGUGGUAUUGUUUAUGGCUGCAAAAACCAAAAAACAUUCAAGAUUUUAUUAAAGAAGAAAACGAAGAAUUUAUGUUUCCAAUGCCCGUUUUUGCUGAGCUGUCCAUCAAUGUCACUAGGUGAAAAUAUUCAAUCAGUUUUGUAUACACAGUGCAAUGUGGGGGUAUUUUUGACAUAUUUGGAAAAAACCCUGACCCCUUUGUUGUUGUUAAUGACAUAAACUUUAUAACAUAAUUGUAGUAUACAUAUCAUAAUUAUAUGAUGUUGACGAAUAGCUGUGAAAGACUAUAGUGAUGUUUUAUGCAUUGAGUGGCAUAAAUCAUCAAAUUAGUAUUUAUGGCAUAAAAACAAUAUCACAUACUAACCUAUGCUUUCAUUUAACCCUUUACUUCAUGUAAACCUAAGCCAUUUCAGGCUGCCAGUUCAUGGCUUAUCAGUUCAUAUCAGUACCCCUACUUCAUAGGAGAUUAUUGAUAUUAUUGGAAUUUUAACCCUAAUGUAUUACAAACCUAUUUUCUUAGUAUUUCUUUUGGUUUAAUCAAUAAGUCAUCAAUGUAAAGUUUAUAGAGAAUUAAAUUUCCAAUCCAGUCAUAUAAAUUUUAUUUUGUUAUCUAAAUUAUUUCCGCAUGAUAUUCAUAAACAAACAGAAAAAUAUGUCAAAUUUGAUGAAAAUUAAUUUUUAUUACACUUUUAUUUAUCAAACAUAACACGAAAUAUUAUAUAAACAACAUAUUUUUAUAAUUCAUUUAAUGCAACCUGAAUUGAAACAAAGAUGGACAGAAUUAAAAAAUAGUUCACAACAAAGAAGCACGGUAUAUUUAUAUAUAUAUAUAUGAUACAGAAGAAAAAAAAGUUGAUCAACAGUCACAGUACUUAUAACUUUCGGUUAUUUAACACUACAAUGAACAAAUAAAGUUAUUAUUCAACUACUACAUGAGGCCUGCAUGCUAUUGUUUACUAAAUUUAUAUCGUUUAUUGCAUGUCCAUGUAUUGUCAUUUGGGUUUGAUUUUAAAAAUCCUCAUUGCUCGUAUCCUUGUGUGCGUGACGCCGAGGUCUGAAUUCUCGACGUCGUACUCAAUGUCUCAAACUCAUUUUAAUUGAAGCCAGAAUGUUCCGAUUCAUCAGACAAACACUGAAAUAUAAAUGACAUUAUUCAGGAAUGUUGUUUUAAACUGAAGUUAACAAGGGCAGAAAUUAGCUCUACAUUGCAUUCUUGUGUAUUCGAAAACACGUGUUUCAACAGCUGAUCGAUGUUAAAUUGGGUCAUGUCAAAGUUUAACAAUAGGGAUAGUCAUUAUUUUAUAACACAUUUGUACUUACUUUCAAUUUGUAGAAGCAGAUGCGCAUUUUUAUGACCGGAUUAGCGAAACAGAAGUGACACAUAUGUCCCAUAUAAUGAUUUAUGGCCUUUGUUUAUACAAGCCAGAUGAUUUUUUGUUUAUCCAACAUGGCCGACAUUUUGACACGUUUUCGAACCAUGACCUGUGACGUCAGGCGCGUGAUCAAUAAAAUAUAGUUGUAUUAUUGGUAGUUAAUUAUAACUUGCAGUAUUGUGUAAAUUUCCACGAGGAAAACGAGACAGGAAUGCCCACAAACCUGCGCAGUCAACGUUUUACGCAUCUUUGAUACCAGUGACCUUAUUUUGCGAUUUUUCGAAAUUCUUUAAAUAGUAACAUAGUGUUUUUUUUAGUGCAUUGUAUUUAUCGAUGUUUAUACUUCAUGAAUAUGAAUUUAUAGCGCAUAAACAAGCAUCAGGUAUGAAAAUAAAUGCCCCUACAUUACGAAUACGUAGGAUUACGUAUCUAUGAAGCUAUGGAUAAAACGUUAAGAUCCGUAUCUAUGAAGCUAUGGAUAGAUAAGUAAAAUUGCGUAUCUAUGAAGUAAAGGGUUAAUAUGAAAUGUAUUAAUUUCUUUACUAAGAUUGAAAAAUAAAAAUCUUAUGAGUUUUAUAAUAAGUUGUUUAUGUUAUCCUCUAAAUAAACUUUAAUUUUCCUGUUAUAUGUAAUGUUAUAAUGAUUCGUUAUGAUAACAAAUGAGGUUUGUUUUUAUCAAUUUAACAAAACAUGUUUGAUAAAUUCUAUAUCAAAUGACCACUUAGGUCUCCUGUUUAUGUAACCAGGUUGCUAUGUUUCUACAGUUACAAAAAUUGAACAUGUAUUUGAUGUUUCUUGUAAAUUAUAUUUAACUAGUAUAUAAUUAAUAUUAUUAUUGAACUUACUAGCUAUAUGGUGUUGCACUAAUGGUGAUUUUUUUUUACCACAGGCAAACAUGAAGUUAUUUUUAUUGUGAUGACCAUGUUGAUUGUAUAUAACUGUUGAUAGUCGUUGAUAGCGGCCAUCUUAUCAAUAUUGUUAGAUAAUGAAUUUUAGUUAAAAAUUGCAAUAGUUUUGCUUUAACUGGUUUUAAACAUAAGUAAUAGGUCUGUUAGAAAUGGGUCUGUUUCUAUAUCUGAAAUCAAAAUAGUGUAAGUGCUUCCUAUGGCACUCAAUUAAUUAUUAGUACACUUUUUUGUAACCAGAAAAUCAAACAUUUUAACUGAUCAAAGAAGCCAAAUAUUUUGUUUGAAAGAUCCUCAUAUAGUAAUGUGUAUUAAAUGAAAGUUUAAUCAGUUGGCUGAUUGAUUUGAACUUUGUUAACAGUGUAAUUAACAACAUUAUUGUUAUUUUUUAUAAAUCAAUUAGUUUAUUGUGUGUUCAUAUAUUUAUAUUAAACAAGUACAGCUGAAACAGCUGUAGCAUAUCACAAGUGUAUCUAUUAAACUUUCAGAGCAGUGAAGAUUUAAAAGUUAACUUGAAAAAGGUUUAAAAAAAAUCGGCUCAGUCAUUACCAGUCAGCCAUGGUCAAGUUCAAAGUUUGUGGCAAUAUGUUUGACUGUAAAAUUGAAUGUAUAUUGUAAAUAUUUUGCAAGGUCAUUUUUCGCACUAAAUUCCUUAAGGCGAUUUUUUUUUAAAUUCCAAAUACGUGCCGCCUUCAUUUAAACACGGACUAAAUAUUUCACUGAGGCUAAAAAUCAUUACCUUAAAAAAAGUAAAUUGAUUUGUGAAAAUCACUCAACCUUUGAGAAAUUUAAGCAAUCUUUUAACUUGAUUGUGAUGAUUACAUCUAUUAAUAUAUUUUAUAAUCCUACAUAUCCCAUUCAAUGUUUGUAUAUAUAGACCCAUUUUGGCAUUUCUUAAGUGUACCCUGAUUUUCUAUGCUAGUCAGUUGUCCAUUCUUGUCAGUUAUUAGUUAUUGUUAUUCACUUUAUUUGAGAGUACAAUCAUUUUACUUCUAGAGGGAUUUAUUACUUUACUUCAAGUUUUACAAAACACUUGUGCCAUGAUCAGUAUUUCUUCAGUUUAAUAUUUUUUUGAUAAAUAAACGUUUUGAAGCUGCACUCUCACAGGUUGACAGUUCUGACAUUUUUUUUAGUUCUUAUCUCAGAAUCAGCUGAUUUUGGCAUCAGCGCGUUCAAUUCAGUGAUAGAGAAAAACUCACAGAAGAGAUCUCUAUUGUUUGAGAAACAGCUGAAAACUUCAAUUUUCUUCACAUAUUAAUAAUGCUUUAAGCCAUAGAACACAACUAUCGACCAUAAAAUAUAAAGAACUGCAAUCGUAAUCUUUAUUCGGCGUGUUUUAUAACACUCAGGUUUCUAGACAUUUACGCAAAAUUUGGCUAAUUCAAGACAAAAUAUAAAAAAAAAUAUCUCAAACCAGUCUACCUGUGAGAGCGGAGCUUUCAUCUGCUUUAAAUUCAGUUCUUAGUGAUUCAGUGUAUGACUGAUAGUGGUGACAUGUAUUUCAGCUCUACGAGUGUUGCUAGUUCUUUGCUAUACUUUUUUUAUACUAUCUUUUAAUAGAUUAAAACAAGUUAGUUCAUAUAUACAUUGUUAUACUUCAAUUACAGCUAGAUUUGUGUAAUAAAGUGAAAAAGAUA